CUACCUGUUCCCCCUCUGCUCUCCUACACAGGUAACCGUUUCUUCCUGACCUCAUUUGGCGCUCUGUAUUUCUCAGAAGUGCAGAAGGAAGAUGCUCUGUCCACCUACCGCUGCAUCACAAAGCACAAGUACAGUGGAGAGACUCGCCAGAGCAAUGGAGCCCGGCUCUCUGUUAUGGACCCUACGGAGUCCACCCCCUCAGUGCUGGAUAGUUUCCAGUCCGGUGAGGUGCAGAUGGGGCACAGCGUUGAGCUGCCCUGUGUUGCAUCCGGAUACCCAAACCCCACCAUCCGAUGGCUGAAGGAUGGUCGGCCUUUACCUGCUGACUCCCGCUGGACACGGCGCAUCACCGGCCUCACCGUUUCCGACUUGAGGCUUGAGGACAGUGGCAACUACAUCUGUGAGGUCACCAACAGCUUUGGCUCCAAAGAGGUGACGGGUCAUCUUAAUGUCAUAGAUCCACUGCGGGUCACCUUGUCUCCCAAGAACCUGAAGACGGGGAUCAGCAGCACAGUCAUCCUAUCCUGUGCCGUCCAGGGUUCCCCGCACUUUAUGGUGUCCUGGUACCGUAACACUGAAUCUGUCCUGCCCGAUCAGCACUUUUCCAUCCAGGGGGCUCACAAUGAGACAUUGUUCAUUUCCGCUGCACAAAAGAGACACUCGGGAGCUUACCAGUGCUUUGCCACGCGCAAGGGCCAGACCGCCCAGGACUUCUCCAUCAUACUGCUGGAAGAUGGUACGCCCCGUAUUGUCGCCUCCUUCAGCGAGAGGGUGGUGGUCCCCGGUGAACCCUUUUCCCUGAUGUGCGCUGCCAAAGGAGCGCCCCCCCCCACCAUCACCUGGACCCUGGACGACGAGCCUGUGGCCCGGGACCUGUCGCGUGUCCGAGCCAGCCAGUACACGCUCUCCGACGGCAGCACUGUGAGCCACGUCAACGUCAGCAGCCCGCAGAUUCGCGAUGGAGGAGUGUAUCGGUGCGCCGCACGAAACUCGGCCGGUAGUGCCGAGUACCAAGCGCGCAUAAACGUAAGAGGUCCACCGAGGAUUCGGCCUAUGAAGAACAUCACUGCAGUGGCAGGAAGAAACUCUUUCAUAAACUGCCGUGUGAUUGGGUACCCUUAUUACUCAAUCAACUGGUACAAGGAGGGGCUUCUGCUGCCUGACAAUCAUCGCCAGGUGGUUUAUGAGAAUGGGACCCUGAAGCUCAGCGAUGUUCAGAAGGGGAUGGAUGAGGGGGCCUACGUCUGCAGCGUGCUCAUCCAACCACAGCUGUUCAUCACGCAGACCGUCUAUAUCACCGUCAAAGUUCCUCCACUGAUCCAGCCAUUUGACUUUCCACCUACUUCCAUCGGCAAACUGAUGUACAUCGCCUGCGUGGUGUCGUCUGGAGAUAUGCCAAUACGCAUCACAUGGCGCAAGGACGGGCAGGAGAUCGUGGCCUCCUCGGGCAUCACCAUCGACACAAAGGAGUUCAUGAGCUCCCUUCAAAUAUCCAAAGUGUCGCUCAAACACAAUGGCAACUACACCUGCAUUGCUAGCAACGAUGCUGCCACUGUCAGCACGGAGAGGCAGCUCACAGUUACAGUGCCUCCUCGGUUUGUGGUUCAGCCCAACAACCAGGAUGGGAUCUAUGGGAAGGCAGGGAUCCUAAACUGUUCAGUAGAUGGGUACCCUCCUCCAAAAGUCAUGUGGAAACAUGCCAAAGCUGCACUAGCGGGUAUUGGGAAUCCGCAGCAGUAUCACCCUGUGCCUCUGACGGGCCGUAUCCAGAUCAUGGGUAACGGCUCUCUACUCAUCCGACAUGUCCUGGAAGAGGAUCGGGGCUUCUACCUCUGUCAGGCCUCCAAUGGCGUGGGCUCAGACAUCAGCAAGAGCAUGGUUCUUACCGUUAAGAUCCCCGCGAUGAUCACCAGUCACCCCAACACCACCAUGGCUAAGAAGGGUCACUUGAAGGAGCUGAACUGCACAGCCAGGGGAGAAUGGCCCAUCAUCAUCCGCUGGGAGAAAGGCGACACAGUCAUUGACCCUGACCGCAACCCCCGAUACUCCAUUAUCACCAGUCCCAACGAGAAGACGGACGAGGUGUUGUCCACACUCAAGCUAAAGCCAGCAGAGCGUGAGGAUUCAGUCUUCUUCUCAUGUCAUGCUAUCAAUUCUUACGGCGAAGGACGAGGCCUUAUCCAGCUCACUGUGCAAGAGCCCCCAGACCCUCCAGAGUUGGAAGUGCGAGAAGUGAAAGAUCGCAGUAUGAAUCUACGGUGGACACAGAGAUUUGAUGGAAACAGUGUCAUUACCUCGUAUGAUAUUGAGUAUAAGAACAAGACAGAUACCUGGGAGCUGAAACAUGCAACCCGAAACAUCUCCCCCAGCAACAAUCAGGCCAACAUCGUGGACCUGCACCCCGCUUCUGUCUACAGCAUCCGCAUGUACUCCUAUAACUCGAUAGGAAAGAGCGAGGCCAGCAAGGAACUCACCAUCAGCACAGAGGAAGCACAGCCUGAUGGUCCUCCCAUGGAGGUGAUCCUGCAGCCAGUGACCUCUCAGAGUAUCAGGGUCACAUGGAAGGCCCCCAGGAAGGAGCUGCAGAACGGGGUUAUCAGGGGUUACCAGAUUGGAUACAGAGAGAACGGCCCGGGCAGUAACGGCCAGUACAGCAUUGUGGAGAUGAAGGCCACUGGAGACAGUGAGGUCUACACCCUGGACAACCUGAAGAAGUUUGCUCAGUAUGGUGUGGUGGUCCAGGCCUUCAACAGAGCCGGCACAGGACCCUCCAGCUCAGAGAUCAAUGCCACAACACUGGAAGAUGUUCCCAGCCAGCCUCCUCAGAAUGUGCGAGCGAUUUCUGUAACAUCGGAUGAGGCAGUGAUCACAUGGGCCGAGCCUCCCAGGAUGACGCUGCAUGGCGUGUUGAAGGGAUACCGCGUCGUCUUCUGGGCUGUGUUUCCGGACGGAGAAUGGGGUGAAAUGCAAAACAUCACAACCAUCAAGGAGCAGGUGGAGCUCAAAGGCCUGGAGAAGUUCACCAACUACAGCAUCCAGGUCCUGGCCUACACCCAGGCUGGAGAUGGGGUCCGUAGCAACGUCCUGUACAUCCAAACCCGUGAAGACU